UGAGUGGGUAAAUAAUCCGGGGCUCUCAGUGAGUUUCAGGGCUUUGUCUAAUACGUAAUAUUUCUUUCUAAGACUUUUCCACAAUGGCAGCAAUGUGCAACCACCUGCUGAAAAUGCAAAGGAAAGAGCUUUCCCUUGCACUGAUCCAGUGAUACGGAAAUAUCCACAGGCUAUAAAACUUUCUUAACUCUUCAGGACACGUGGGUGCAUGCAGAGUUAGAUAUAUAUUGCACAUCAGAAAAUAUCCGAGAACAGUAAUAGAUUAAUGGCUUCAAAGUAGUUCUUGGCGCCUGCUUCUAAAUCAGAUGAUACAGUAGUGCGGGAGAAACCAAGGUCUACGCUCCUGUAGCGGUGAAAGCAGAAUAGGAAAUUUAAAUGACUCUUUCACUGCCUUGAAGUCAUUGUCUAAUAUUAGCCCUGUCAGUGCCUGGCUCUUUGUCAGUCGGAGCACAGGAGGAGGUGGUUACCAGCCAGGAGAAUAUGACCAAGGCUUUUAAAUACUGUUGCUUGGAAAGUCUUAUUAGUGGCUGCAUAUAAGAUCGAUGUGCAAUAAUUCUUUCAAGCAGUAUCUUUUUAAAAGCCUUUAGCGAUCUGUCAUCCUUGUUUCCCUCCCCCCCAGUUAGAAAGCCACAUUAGUCAGGAGAAAUCGCAUGGUCCUGGGAAGUUUCAAACUGCAUCCGCUGAUGCUGUCAGGAAAAUGCUACUGUGCAGGGGCACAGGUGCAAUUACACUGACGGCUGCUUCUCAUCCUCGGCUCGGGUCAUCCUGGAGGGACAAGUGGAAAGAAACGGGGAGGUGGGUGAGAUUCUGUCAGGUGCAUGGGAGCAGUACCGAAGAGAAAAAUGGAACACCCUCUUCCAGGAGACAAAAAUCGCGCUGUCUAAUUCCCCACUCUACCAAUAUCUGCAAGAUUUGGGACACACAGAUUUUGAAGUAUGUUCAUCUCUGUCGCAGAAGGCAGAGCAAUGUGCAGCAGCGGAAAGCCAAAAAGAGCGGACAGUGCAUGCUGCCCAGAAAUGGAGAGUUCAGAUUUCAGUGGACAUGCUCCAGCUGCGUGCUAAGCCAGGAGAAGAAAGAAGCCUCCAUGCAGACUUCUCUGUCCUGGCCACUGCAGGCUGAGGUGGGCAGCGCUUCUCAGCAAGGCAUCCUGUCAAAACUAGUUGAGUUCUUUAGAAGCUGGUUUCCUUGUCCACAAUAUAAGAAAAAUGAUGACAUACUUCACCGACUGGAUGUUGGAUUUCGAUUUGACACGCUCCGUACCAUCCUGCAACAGGAAGUUCUGCUGCAGGAGGAUGUGGAACUGAUUGAGUUCCUUGACCCCAGUAUCCUGUCUGCAGGGCAGUGUAAGCAACAGGAAAACACACAGCUUCCAACGCUACGCUCCCUAGCAACUCCUAAUAUUUGGGAUGUCUCGCUGUUUCUUGCCUUUGUAAGUGCACUGCUUAUGCUUCCUUCGUGGUGGAAGGAAUCAUCGUGGCUGCCGUGGGGCCUCGUUCUGCUUGUCUAUGCAGUCUUUCGAGUGUGGGGCACAUGGAGGACAGCCAAGCUGCAAAUGUCCCUGCGAAAAUACUGUACCCAGCUGGAAGAAACAGUGGCGAAUAGCCGAGCUUUUACUAAUCUCGUGAGGAAAGCUCUACGACUCAUUCAAGAGACUGAAGUAAUUUCCAGAGGAUUUACCCUGGUCAGUGCCGCUUGCCCAUUUAAUAAAGCUGGACAGCAUCCUAGUCAGCAACUUAUUGGUCUCCGGAAAGCCGUUUAUCGAUCUGUCAGAGCCAACUUUCGAGCUUCAAGACUGGCUACUCUAUACAUGCUGAAAAACUACCCUCUGAACUCGGAGAGUGACAACGUGACCAGCUACAUCUGUGUAGUCCCUUUUAAGGAGCUGGGUUUGGGACUGAGCGAAGAGCAGGUCUCUGAAGAGGAGGCACACAAUCUCACCGAUGGCUUCAGCUUGCCUGCACUCAAGGUCCUCUUUCAGCUCUGGGUAGGGCAGAGCUCAGAAUUCUUCAGGAGGCUGGUGUUGCUCCUCUCCCCAGCCAACGCGUCCCCCAAGCCCUUGGUCUCCGCCGAACGGCUGCCUCAUCAUAUCUUGUCUGAUGUGACUCAAGGCCUACCUCAUACACAUGCUGCCUGCUUAGAGGAGCUUAAGCGAAGCUAUGAGUUUUAUCGGUACUUUGAAACUCAGCAUCAGUCGGGUUUUGAACGGCCAGCCAGAACAAAGCAGAAGUCAAGAGAGCUGAACAGUCUUCAGACAGCGGUACGCAGCUUGCAGCUUCAUCUCAAGGCACUGCUCAAUGAGGUAAUAAUUCUUGAGGAUGAACUUGAAAAACUUGUUAGCACUAAGGAGACACCUGAGUUGACAACAGAAGCCCAUCAGGUUCUGGAACAAAAACUAAAGUUUAUUCAGCCUCAUAUCCAGGCAAGCAACAGCUGCUGGGAAGAAGCCAUUUCUCAGGUGGAAAAAAUGAGUGGAAGAAACCCAAAUAAAAAAGGCAAACUUGAAGUUUCCUGUGACAACCUACAGCGUACUACAGUAUCUUUAACACAGCCUGCCAUAUACAUAGAAAACAAAGAUCCAAUCCCUGAAGAGCAGGAAUUGGAAGCAUAUGUUGAUUAUUCAGAUACGGAGAAUGAAUACAAAAGGGAAGAUUUUUACUGCUUUUCCCAGGAAGAAAGAGAGAGACAAGAACGAGAGAGACAGGAAUCUAAGAGGGUGUUACAAGAAUUGAAAUCUGUACUGGGAUUUAAAGCUUCAGAAAUAGAAAGACAGAAAUGGAAACAGCUGCUAUUCAGCGACCAUGCUGCAGUGAAACCCUUGUCUCCUGUAGAACCGCUGAAGCUACUAAAUAAUUUGGAAUCACAUAUGAAUUCAGAUACAGAAAAGCAGGACUGCAGCCAAAGUUGUGAUAAAUCUGAAGAAAAAGACUCUAAUCCAAAAGUGAAUGCUGCUGAUAAAAGCAGGACAGAAUAUUUGUAUGAAGAUCCUGAGAUGGAGAGAAACAAAGACAGUACUACUGAUGAAGGUGUUUCUACAGGGGCGGAAGAAAGAAUCUGUUAUCAGCAGGAAGGGGAAGUUGAAGAACUCAAGCCAAGCAAUAGGGAUGGAGUAGAGGUUUCACAGUCUCCCUCUAAGGAUGCAUUACAUUCGAAAAUCAAGCAUAGGCUGGCCCAGCUCCACAUAUCAACAGAUUUAAACUUCACAUCUGGUCUGGCUGCACAAGUUGCUGCCAGGUCUUUUGCUUUUACUACAAUGCAAGAAGAGACUUUUGGAGAUGAGGAGGAGGAGGAGGGGGAGGAGGAAGAGAAGACACAGGAGCGAGAAGACCUUGUGGAGGACUGUGAGAAUGAAGAUAGAGGCUCUGAAAGUGAAGGAUAAGUAUAAGUCUGAGCUGAACUUUGUUAAACCAGCAGCAGGCAAUUUGAUGGAAAAAACUAAGGUGGGGGUUUGAAGAUGAAAAUACUGAAUGGAAAAGAAGGAGACCUAAAUGUAAUACAUCUUGUUCCCUAAGUCUGAUACACUAAAUAGGACUUUAAGUAUAUUGACAAUUCGCAGGUAAGAGAAGUUUAGGCUGCAUCCAAGAAGGAGUUGGCUGUUGCCUUUUUAAGAUCCUGGUGGUGGGGUUCGGAAUUUACCUUUGUGUUUUCUGUUUUAUUUAUUUAUAUUAUAAUGUAUUGUGGUUGAUUUUUUUUUUCCUAAAAAGAAGGAAAAACAAUGUCUUGAAUUACAACAGACUCCAUUUUUGGGUUUGUUUUUUUUCUCUCUGAUUCUAUUGUCAUGGUAUCAAUGUUUGUUCCAAGAAAAAAGCCAGGACAUUUCUUUUGGAAGAACCUGAACUGUUCCCUGUGAUCUUCCCCCACCACUUUAAUUUCACUUCUUGUGUCUGCAGUGUGUUGGCUAAGCCACCGUAGGCAUUUGUGAUUCUGUGGCUAGUGAUGUGGCUCCCAACUAAAAUGUAGAAUUUUAAAUAAAAACUUGAAAGAGCUAGUAUUUGAUGUGUCCUGGGGUACGGGGCUGAAAUAGUAUAAAGUUAGUCAUGCUUCAUGCUAAGGUUUACUUAGAAUUUUAUGAAGGGUUAAUAAAUGAUUUCUAGAUGUUGUAAUUCAUGUUAGAGAAACGUGUAGUAUAUGUUACGAAGGGUUAUAAGCACAUCAGUAGAAAGUACUAUAGACAGCUAGAAGCUAUCUGUUGGAUUGAUAAUAGAUGAGAAGUAAAUACCUAUUUAUUAAAACAGCUAUUAAUUAUUUGUUAACCUUUUGUAAAUGGAACCUUAAUAUAAUUGAUUGAUUUGAUAUAAUGAUUGAUUGUACAUUUUUGUUUAUGUCCUGAAGUAAUUUUCUUAAAGCAAAAUUAUCUGAGUGCUUACCACCAUACAGUAUUUUGUUUAAACAGCAUACUUGCUUUUCCCUGAUGUUCUUUCCUUUUUCCUUAGAUCACAACUAUAACCUGUGUGAUUAAGAAUCCGUCAGAGAACAAGAAUUGUGUGUUUUCUAAGGUGUAUCUUCUAACUUAGUUGACACUGAAGUCUGGAUGUUUGGUAUGAGGUUAUGUGGGUUGGAUUUUUCUCUGUGGUGGUGUUACGAGUUGCAGCAAACUGACGCUCACCUCACAGAGGAGCUGGUUAAUGGUUUCACAGCCUUCUCUUCCUCUUGCCUUCUGACACAAAAUGAAGCAAAGGUCUCGUGUGUCUAGUGGCGAGAGCGCCACGUCUUUGCAUGGAAUACUCUGCUUGGACCUGGAUACAUUUCCAGUCCCAAAACACCUCAGCAGUUACUUAGGGUAUUUAUUGUCUCUUGCUGAUUCUGUAGAAUAAAGGGGUGUUUAGAUGCAAGUGGUUCGGAGCAGUGUCUUUCUUAGGAUGUUGUCAUGGGAAGUGGGGAAGCUAACCAAGGUCAGCCAGUUAGGGUGGAACUCUUGACCAUAUGUCCGCAAACAAGUGCUUUCUUUCAACCUCCCUCUCUUCUAUUAGUGAUUUUUUAUGAACACUGUUAAAUAUGUGGAUUUUUUCACUGACCGUAAAAAGGUAAAUAUCAAUUGAUAGAGAAGGGAGUAUGUGACUUACACUGUUCUUUCGCAAUGUAGUGCCUGUCUUCUCCCUCAACACACAGACUUUGGGAAGAGAAUGUUUUGCCAUUCUUCAUUAACCAGUAACACUGUGUUCUGUGCUCUUAAUUUUGUGUAAGUGACUGGAAGUUGGAUGGAUGAUGUCUUGGGGAACUUGUUAAAAAAAAAAAAAAAGAUGCUUCUCGUAGUGUAUUCAGAAGCUAAGCCUCCUCUUAGUGGUAGAGUGUUUUCUUCUGUAACCUGUAAUGGUUAGGCUAAGAUGAUGAAACUCUGUUUUAUUUUCUCUGUGAUAAGCAAUUUUUUUUAUCAAGUCUAGAACUGCUUUGGAUAAAUUGUGUUUGAAGCAUUGUCCAUGCUUCUGAAAAAGAAGUCUUCCUCAUCUGUGACUUGAGAUCCUUGAGUUCACAAAGUGCCCAGAUAUUUUUUCUGUUCCUAGCUAAUUGUUCUGCCGAAAUGCGUGUUCCAUUAGUAUUUUUCCAUGAACUCAUCCACCAUUUCAUGAUCUGAUGUUGUGUAUCCCAGAAAUGAUACUCCUCGACUUUUCCGAUGGGCUCCAAAUCUUAGUUUACAAUGUGUAUGGCUGUGAUACCAACCUGAAAAAAUGAUCAGAUUCAGGAUACAAAUUAUCGCUGUCCUCACAGUUUUGGAUGAAGUCAGUAGUAGCCUCAGUGCUUUGCAUUGCUACUAAAAUAGGUUUCAGAUCUCACAUUUAUAAAAGCUGCUAGCUCUUUAUUUCUUUGCUUCAGUCCUUAGCAAAAGACCUGGAGAAUCCACUUUGCUGGCUCACUUGGGACCUAGUUUUAUAAUACGCUCGUCUUGGUGAUGAAACUGGCCUAAGAAACCCCAUCCAUCAUUAGUUGUUCAUUUUCACCCAUCGGCUGGGUCAACACAGGUUUUUGUGGCCGUGUUAUAAACCAGCUCAUGAGUCCACUUGGGUCAAAAAUCCACCCUUUUUCAGGGUUACUCUUCAUCGUUCUUAUUGCAGUGAUGCAGUUUACAGCAUCUACCUCCAAACAGCUGUAUUGGCACAUAUCGUGUUGCUGGUGUGAGACUCAGGAUCACUCACAUUUACGUUAUUGGCAAAGAUGGUGUAGUGUGAAAUUACAGCCUUGACAAUAGACAUGGGUAUGAUCAAAGGAUGACUUUUUGGAGCAAGUUCUGAUCCUACUUUGAACAAAUAGAUUUUCUACAAGCAAUUUAACUGAUUUCCAUGAUCUUAUUUAAUGCAGUCUUAGAAGCUGCACGUAUGAACACUUGGGCUCAACUUGCUUUCUCUGCCUCUCAUCACAUCUCUAUAUAACAGCCAUCAGGUCAUUUAUUUUGAUUUAUUUAAUAUUCUCCCUGCAGAAAAAUACAGCUAACAGUGUACAGCACACAAAGCAUAGCUUUCCUUGAUUUGAUAACCAGGUUCCAUCUACAUAUACAAAGUCUGUUACAAUCCAGAUUUCCUCAUAAUUAUGUCAUGUGAAAGGACUGUGCAUACAUGCUGUAGAUUCCUUCAAGAACCUGACAGAUUUCUUGGCAAUCAUAAUUUAUUGUUGCAUUUAAAAUAAUAUAUAUGAACACACUGAAGUGUGUAUUAGCGCUGAAGAGAGGUGUUAAUAUAUUGAGCAUGUCGAGGUCUGAGUGCUGUCCUGUGUUCUUUGGCUCAUUACCCUAGACAGGGAUUUUUUGAAAACAGAACAUUUCCUUCUUACAGCUUUGUAACUUUUUGAAACCCAUUAAUCAGGAAAUCCAUACUAAAUAACGGGUUAUGCCAAAGGAUAUCAGCAGCCAAAACUCUUUGCAAAGAGCAGAGCUAACAAUAAAUGCAUUUUCCCUUUUCCAUUUCUAAUUAGCAGCUCUGUGAAGUUGCAAAGAAGCAAGUAAUUAUAUAGGGUUAAAUAAUAUCUUCUCCUCCUGUCCUACCUGGAAGGCACUCCAAAGAUGCUAUUUGCUUCUUAGGUUGGAUUGCAAUCUAGCACUACAUCUUUUAUGUCACUUAACUUUACAGCUAAAGAUCUAGGUAAAGGCUUAAAUGGGGGCAAAAAUCUGUGAUAAGAAGAUUAUGUGUCCCUUUUCUUAAGUCUUUAUGACAGAAAUGAAACAGUGGUGUAAUAGAAGCAAAUUUGGAGAAUUACAGAUAAUCGAACAUCUUUCAAAUGGAGUCAAAAUGUGCCUGUGUCAACUAUAAGCAAGAUUCACAAAUGUGAAGGCUUCUGCUAUCAGUUGCAGUAAUCAUAAAAUCAUAGACUGGUUUGGGUUGGAAGGGACUUUUAUAGGUCAUCUAGCUCCAACCCCCCUGCCACGGGCUGGGACACCCUCCACUAGACCAGGUUGCCCAAAGCCCCAUCCAACCUGGCCUUGAACACUUCCAGGGAGGGGGCAUCCACAGCUUCUCUGGGCAACCUGUGCCAGUGCCUCACCACCCUCACAGUAAAGCAUUUCUUUCUAACAUCUAAUCUAAAUCUCUCCUCCUUCAGCUUAAACCCAUUACCCCUCAUCCUAUCACUACACUCCCUGAUGAACAGUCCCUCUCCAGCUUUCCUGUAGGCCCCCUUUCCUGAGACAGUUCUACUCCCCACAGAGGAUGACUAGACAUCACUGAAUCUUGCGCUUAGUUUUCUAAAUACAAGAUGGAAUCUAGUAGAGUAGCCAGUUUUACUGAGGUUUCAGACUUUGCCCUCAGCACACCUAUCUGUGUGUGACCUGACUGUUUACAGUAUUGGAAAUUUUAUGUGCAUCUGAAGUGCAGUAUUUGCAACUGUCUUAUUAAUUUAUUUGGUAGUAAAAAAACACUGUAGAGUUGUUGGCCCACACUGAACUUUGUAAUCUUGUAGUCUAUCCCUUUAUUUCUUUUUUUUCUUUUUUUUUUUUAACAGAAACAAGGGGUCAAGUAUACUAAACUGCUCUUGUUCUUUAAAGUAUUUAGAGAAGGGCUGUUGUUGCUCUGCAAGUGGUUUGUUCCCAGGGCUAAUUACUCUUUAGAAUUACGAGGUUUUUGUACUGUCUCAUCUGAAAAAGCAGGCAGAGUGUGAUAAAAGGCACUUGGUCAGUGUAAAGGGUCACACUACUCUGGGAUCUUGUCUGUGACAGGGACUAAUAGCAGAUGCUGAGGGAAGAGUACAAGGAAAGGGAGAUGGGGUAGUGAUGUUUCCCAAGCUACUCCUCAGCAAUUUGUGGCUCAGGGACUUCUUGAGCCAGUGGUGGUGGCUGUCAGCUUAAGAGGUCCCCAUGGAAUUCUCUUCCAUAAAUUUGUUCAGUCUCACAUUUUGUCAGUUAUCACUAGUCCCAAUGCCGGUAUGCACUCAUCUUUAUUACGGUCUUUUACAAACGAGAAGAUUUGUUAAUAAUGUUUUUUAAUUUUCUAUUUUAAACUGAGCAAGCCCACUUCUCCCAGUCCUUCCGAAGAGGUCAUGUUUUCCACCUUUUCAUUCCUUUCCUUAGCAUUUUGUCCAGUUUUUGAAGUAUAAUGACCAAAGUGUGGUGCCGUACUCCAGACGUAUCCUCAGCAGUGAUGAGUAUGGAUUAAUAAUCACCUCCCAUAAAACACUGUACAAUUCAAAUAUAUUUGAGUCCAUAUAGGAAAAAAAAAAAAAACCUUUUCAGAUCUUUUACCCCUAGCUAUUAGGAUGACAAAUGAAAAUAUUUGGUCUAAUGGAGGAGAAAUAUUUAUUCACUGUCAGCAGGAUUUGGCUGAACAAUGUUUUUCUUUGCUAACAAAACAAAAAGUUGUUAAAUCAAAAUGAUCUUCUAACAGCUGCCACCUGGUCUCACACAAACUAAAGAUGCCAAACAACACUUGUUUAAAUUUCAGCUUGACUUUUCAGAGCUGUUCUGGUCUCUGAUGAAUAAGCAUGUAUCACAAAAUAUAUUAUUGCACAAGAAACAUGGCAGUGGAUAUAUGGAUAUCAGAGAUCAAACUGAAGGCUUCUGCGGUUAAUUUUUUUAAUGCUUGGAGGUGUGCUUUAGUCAUAUUCUCAUGAUAUUUAAUUCCCUCAUGUAUACGUUUUUAUUUUGCCACCUUGAAUUUUAAAUGCCAAAAAAACCCCCACAUCUUGAUUUAUUUGACUUGGAAAUUUCUGCAGUAAUCAGAUAAGUGGUAGUGGUACUAUAACUGUGAAAUCUACCUACCAUGAACUGUGCUUUGUAGAUGGAUACAGCAAUACAGUUUGAGCUACAGAUCAGUAUGUAACUGUUCUCGGUAUUCUGCCUCACCUUUCACACUGCCGUCUCUUAAGUUAUCGGCAGGUUUGUCAGAGUAAAACUUGACUCAACAGCUGGAAUGCUCUGUUAGCCCACAGUACGCGUUCUGAAUUGAACACAGGAUUCUGAAGAAGUGACUAUAAUUUAGUAGACAAUGAAAAAGAGUUUGUUUCUGUUACAAAGUGGCUUAUUUUAAAAGGGUUGAAUAGGACCAAAACUUGAAUACUUUCACAUGAUCAGCAUGUUUCGACCUUGAUACCUUCUCAGCUUUAAAUCUUUAAAGGCCUCACGGACAGUCUGCUUUAGGGGAUGCAGUUCUAUAGCAGCUUAAACCAAUCUAGGUCUGGGCUGCCAUGGCCCUGCAAUCUCAGUCCCUCCUUUAGG